GAACCACUCACAAACGGUUCCGAUCAAAUAUCGCCUAGAUGUCAACGGGGCGUGUAGAGUAAAACACGUGCCUAAAUUUGCUGACAUGGAACAUGAGGCCCACUGAUUGGGUCUCAACGUGGCAGCAUCUUCAUAGCGUACCGUGCCGCCGUCGUUGUCACACGUUAACUCAAAUCUCUCCCCGCGGAACACCAGAAUAGUCCCCUUCUCCUCCUCCGAUCUAAAUCCAUGUCGCUCACCUCCCUUCCCAGAUUUCGAUCCCUUUUUCUUCGAUUUUGCUUAGGGUUUUUCCCCAAUCCAUGAGAUCCGUUUGGAUUGAUCUUCAAUUGGAUUAGAUCUAGUGAUUUUGCUGGAUUUCAGAGCUUGCUGAUUGGCAAUGUCGGGCAGUUCGUCGGACUCCGAGGACACGCCGAAGGCCCGCUCCUCCAGCCCGUCUAAUAGCGAAGAGGAGUACAAGGCCAGCCCUGUCUCUCCCCAGUCUUCCGAUGAGUCUGUCACGAGUGAUGGCGUCCUCGUUGAGGUCCCCGGCCAGGAUCAGUCGGAUGGGGGGAGGGAGGAGACGUUUGUUGAUGCGCCGGAUGAGCUUGGUGGGCGGGGGAUUGACCUUGGGGACUCGAUGGCCAUGGUUGAUCUCGGGGAGAGCUCGGAGGAGCAUUCGUCGCCAGAAAAUCUAGCCCGAGUCAGCUCCGAGUGCCGCAAAUAUAAGGAAGAAAGGGAGGUUUUUGGGAGGCAGAUUGCUGGCCUUCGCAACCAACUUCAAGAGAUGAUUGGUGGGCAACUGAUUGAGCAGCUUGGUGGUGAGGACAGUGGACGAGGAGAAGGGGAUAUGGUUCUAAGUUCUCCGACACCGUUGCAUUCGAUGUUAAGUGAUUGCGCCAAGUAUGUGGAUCAAUUGAGUGGUGCUUUUCAUGAAAAGUUUCAUGCUGAGGGAAUGAUUAGGGAACUUCAUGCUGCCCUCUAUGUGAAGGAUCAAGAGACUGAGGAUCUUAGUGCAAACCUCUCUGUAUCAUUGAUGUCUCGGGAUAUCAUCAUUUCUUACCUUCAUUCGCUUCGAGAUGAAUGGAUGGAAGCUUUCUCCUAUGAGGUCCAACAGCUUGGGCAGUGCUUGGCAGAUAUCAGGCCGGAUUUUAUGGCCUCUUACAAUAAUGAUUCUGGUUUCAUCUUCGGUGUUGCUCGCGAUGUGCUAAUGGAAAGUAAGAGGAAGGAAUAUGAACUGCAAGAGACUGCAAAUCGCCUUCAAGAAGAAAAUAUCAAAAUGGCUGAACAGAUACAUGAGAUGAAAGCAGGUUGGGAAGAAGCAAAAGCUGAAGCUAGCAAGAGCAAGAUGGAUCUGGAGCAGACUGAGAGCAGGUUGGCAGCAGCUAAAGAGAAGCUUAGCAUUGCAGUGACGAAGGGUAAGUCAUUGGUCCAACAUCGGGAUUCAUUGAAGCAGGCAUUAGCUGAGAAGACUAGUGAGCUUGGGAAUUGCUCUUUUAAUUUGCAGCAGAAGUCCAGUGCUUUAGAUGCCAUAGAAGCAAAGGCUGAAGUGCUAAAGCAAUCCUUAGCAGAGAAGAUGAAUGAGCUUGAGAAGUGCUCGCUUGAGCUGCAGCAGAAGUCCAGUGCUUUAGAUACCAUAGAAGCUGAUGCUGAGGUUCUAAAGCAGUCACUUGCUGAGAAGACAAGUGAGUUUGAGAAAUACCUACUAGAUUUGCAAGGGAAAUCCAAUGAUCUACGAACCAUGGAAGCUAGUAAUAGGGAGUUAAAGCAGUCAUUAGCUGAAAAGAACAAUGAAUUAGAGGCAUGCUUGCAGGAAUUGCAGCAAAAAUCUGAUGCUUUAGUUGCUGCUGGAGGCAUAUCGGAUGAGCUGAACAAUGCCCAAAAUUUGGUACAUUCUCUUCAAGGCUCACUUUCACACAGGGAAAGUGUCCUUGAGGAAAUAGAAGAAGUCAUGUCACAGAUAGAUACCCCUGAAGACUUUCUCACCUUGGAGGUUGUUGAUAGAGUCAGAUGGUUUGUUGAUCAAACACGGAUUUCAAAGGCCUUAUUGUCUGAGAGGCGCAAAGUGAAAGAGGCCUUGGAUUCCAUUGAAUUAUUAGAAGGUUGCCCAUCUAAUGAACUAGAAUCUCAAAUUCAUUGGCUAGGCGAAUCAUUUUCUAAGGCUAAGGGCCAUAUUGUAAAUAUGCAAGAUGAAUUGGCCAACACACAGGCAGUUGUGCAGUCACAUGAAUCAGAGUUGUCAAAGUUGCAUGAGGAAAUUGAUAACCUAACAACAUCUCUUUUGCAAGAAAAACUGGAGAACGAUUCUUUGCGAAGUACACUCACAGAAUUCAGAAGCAAACAUGAAAAUAUUGUUGAGAAGCUAUCUCUUUUGUCAUCUGAGAAGGAAGAAUUGCAGAAAGUUCUUUUGGAACUGUCUGGAACUGCAGUUGGGGAUCAACCUUAUAGUGACAUGGAUGCCAUGGUAGAGAAUUGGAUAAAUAUAAUAAAGGCUAAGAUUAACACCUCUAGCAUUGGAAUUCAGCAGUUUGAAAGGAUGCAAAGUUUGGUGUAUGUGAAAGAUCUUGAACAAAUGCUGUGUGAACACAUUUUAGAAGAAGAGAUGAAUGAUAGAUCAAAAUUGAUGAGCUUAUCAAAUGAGUUGAGGAGAGCUUCAGAUGAAGUAAUUACCUUGAAAGAUGAGAAAAGCUUUCUGCAGAAAGAACUUGAACGUGUUGAGGAGAAAUCUUCUCUCAUCAGGGAGAAGCUUUCCAUGGCAGUCAAGAAGGGGAAGGGUCUGGUGCAAGAGCGUGAGGGUUUCAGAGUUUCUCUAGAUGAAAAAAAUGCUGAAAUCGAGAAGCUAAAAAGAGAAAUGCAGCAGCAAGAUUCUUUGAUCAAGGAAUUCAAGGAGCAGAUUAAGAGUUUGUCAGCUUAUCCAGAACAUGUUCAAAAGCUUGAAUCAGAUAUUGUUUCUUUAAAGGGUCAAAUGGAUGAAAUUGAACUAUCCUUAAAGGAAAGUGACAAUAAAUUACAAAGAUUAAUUGAUUCCUUAGAAUGCAUUGUUAUUCCUACUAAUGAAAGCUUCCAUGAACCUGUGGAAAAGGUUGACUGGAUUGCCUCAUACAUCCGUGAGUCUGAAAUUGUUAAAGCACAUGCUGAGAAAGAGCUGGAGAAAGUAAAGGAGAAAGCUAACUUGCAAGAAAGCAGCCUAGCUGAUGCUUCUGAGGUUAUAAAGUCUUUAGAGGAUAAAGUAUCACAGUCCGAGAAUCAUAUUUCUCUUAUUAUUGAAGAAAAGAAGAACAUGCAACUUGGUGUGACCUCACUAGAGCAAGAGCUUAAGAAAAUUAAAGAGGAAAACUUUGUGCAGGCAAGCAAGUUAGAACAUGCAUCCGCAGCUAUAAAAUCACUAGAGGAGGCUUUGUCACAGGCCGAUGAAAAAGUCUCUCUUCUUGUAGAUGAGAAGAAUGAAUUGGAGUCUAUGAGCAACGAGGAGAUAACAGGAUUAAAUGCUAAAUUAUCUAAGUGCCUUCAAGAGUUGGCUGUAACUCAUGGCAAUUAUGAAAAUCAGUCAAUGGAGCUUGCAAAUCACCUUGAAAUUCUUAAGAAGAUUAUGGAUGCUGAAGGCCUCAUAACAUUGAUGACUAAAGAUUUCAGGGAAAAAAUUGAAAACAUGAGAAACAUGGGCCUUCUACUUCAAGAUAUGCACAACCAGUUUGCUUCAAAAGGAUCUCUUGCAAGUCGCAGUUUAGAGGAACAAGGUACUGAUAUGCAUCAGCUCUCUUCUCUCCAAAAAUUUGAGGGCUUCAUUGAUAACAAAGUAGUUAGUGGAGCAAUAACAGACCUUGACUCCCCAUCCUUCAGUAAGAUUCUAGAAGAGCUCCAUGCUUAUGCCAAACUUGUUGGGGACAAUUUUCGAGGCCUUUCUAGAUUCAUGGACGAUCACAUUGCCCUUACAUCACAGGCUUUACAAACAGCAAGGGAUGAGUUUUUUAAUGUGCUUGAGCUGAAUGAAUCCUUGAGGCUAAAUGUCACCAGUUUAGAAGCAGAGAGGCAGGCUAGAGACUCUAAAAUUUCGUCUUUGCAAAAAGAUGUGAUGUUACUAUUUUCUACAUGCAUGAAUGUUACUAAAGAACUGCAAACUGAAUUCCAUGAUAUGGUGGACUUGGACUCAGACUCAGAUCAGCUUAAGUAUAGUUCUAGCCUAGACUUGAUAUUGGAAGAAGUAAAGGGUGGUGAAACUGAAGAGGAAAGUGCUGGGGAAUAUGCUAAGAUGGCCCAGAGUUUAUUACUUGCUGUGAGAAGAGUCAGAACUGAUUUCCAUCAGUUAGUAAAUUCAAAAAGAGUGUUGAUGACUUCAAUUGAUGAUCUAGAAAAUAAAUUUAAACGAACAGAAUUAACUGCUAAAAGUGCAAUUCAAGAUAAGCAUCAGUUUGAAGAAAGAAUUUCUGAGUUGGAAGGAGAUCUGGCAGAAUUGGGAAAUGUUUGCAGUGAGCUGAGACUUCAGAUAAAGGAAUUUCAGGCAAAGGAGGAUGUGCUUAAGGAUAGAGAAGCAGAGUUGUUGGCAUUGCAGGGUACUUUAACAACAAAAGGAACAGGUAUAAGGGAGAAGUUAUUCUCAGAAGACCAGGUUGAAAUCCUUAUUGACAAAGUAAAUAAGCUGUUGAUCCCAUUCAAAAGGUUACAAUCAACCGAUCAAGAAAUUCAUUUUGCAACUCCUGUUGAAAAACUCUAUUAUGUAUUAGAGGAAGUCAUGGAGUUGCAACAUACUGUGGAUUCUGUCAUUAAUGAGAAAAAUGAUAUGCAGUCAAUAAUUGAAUCCCAUGCCCAUGAAAUUGAAUAUCUGAAGAAGGAUAUUGAAACAAUGAGUACUGAUCAUCAAGAUUUGGAAUCAAAGAAGGCUGAAUUUAGUGAGCUGACACUUGGUUUAGAGAAGAUCAUUCAGAUGUUUGGAGAGAAUGAGCCAAUUGAGGACAAGAAAACAGGUUCUGGAAAAGGGCUACUAUCUGCAUUAGAGAGAUUGACAAUGGGCUUAAGUAUAGAAUGUGAAAAUUCAAAGUCUAGAAUACAAGAGCUUGGUGCUAAGUUGCAGGCAAAGGAAAAAGCAGUGGAUGAGCUAUCUUCGAAGGUUAACUCACUUGAAGAAUCGCUCCAGACUCACCUUUUGCAUCCUGAGAAUGUCAAAGAAAGGGCUCUCUUCGAACCAUCAACAGCAACUGGGUCUGAGAUAUCUGAAAUUGAAGAUGCUGCGGUUGGGAAAAAUUUGAAACCUUCUGUCCCUGCUGCUGCUCAUGUUAGAGCCAUGCGAAAGGGUUCUGCCGACCAUCUUGUCCUCAGCAUUGACUCAGAGGCAGAGAGAUUAAUCACGCCACAAGAAACCGAUGAGAAAGGGCAUGUAUUCAAAUCCCUAAACACAUCUGGUCUCAUACCAAAGCAAGGGAAGUUGGUAGCUGAUAGGAUUGAUGGAAUCUGGGUUUCUGGAGGUCGGAUUUUGAUGUCUCGGCCGGGAGCAAGGUUGGGACUUAUAGCCUACUGUCUUCUCUUGCAUGUCUGGGUUUUGGGUACCAUAUUGUAGCACAGUCACCACUAGAUCCAACUCAGAAGCAUCAAUUGUACCAUAAGUUUUUUGGUUUCAUGUUUUUUACACUCAAUUCGUAUGCCAUCAUUCUUUGUUUAUUCGCUUUUCGAUGAAACAAAUUUGUACAUAUAACUGUAUUAGACUCUUAUAAAUGGCCAUACAAUAUAAUAAUAUGAGCUCAUUCUUACAGUACUCUCAA